AUGCCUAAGAUUGACAAGGGUCCAUCUCAUCGACAUUCCGUGUCGACUUCAUCGGCUGCAGGUGGAACUCGAAGCUCCUCUUGGUCCACCAAGGAUGACGAAACACUUAUCCGCGCCAGAGCCCAAGGCCUCAACUGGAAUCAGAUCGGACCAAAGCACUUCCCUUCCAAGACUCCAAAUGCCUGCCGUAAACGCCACGAGCGAUUGAUGGAGAGGCAGAAUGCGGAGCAAUGGGACGGCGUUAAGCUCGAGAUCCUGGCACAAGCCUACAUGGACGUGCGGCAAGAAAUGUGGAGUUUGCUUGCCGCCCGUGUUGGAGAAAAGUGGCAGUUGGUCGAGACAAAGUGUAUGGAGAAGGGACUUAAGAAUCUUACGCAGGCCGCUAGGUCGGCCCACAAGAAGCUCGAGAAUGGUACCUACCACGACUAUGAAGACAGUGGAAUAGGAAUUUCUGACCUCGAAGAAGAUCAAGAGGAUCAACAUGGUGGCAUGUCGCACAUGUCCGCAAUCUCCGAACCCCAUUACUCUCCGUACUCUGGCUACCCACAACCACAGCACCAGCGGGUCCCGAGUAUCCAGUCUAUGCUGCACCCGAUGCAACAACAUUCGCAUCAUAUGCAACAGCCUGUGCACCAGCCUAUGCAGCAGCCAAUGCAACAACCUAUGCAACAGUCCAUCCAGCAGCCUAUGCCACAAUCGAUUCAGCAAAUCCAGCAACCCAUGCAGCAACCACUCCAGCAGCCAAUGCCACAGUCAAUGUCACAACCAAUACCACAACCAAUGUCACAGCCAAUGCAACAGCCAAUGCACAGCCAGUCAAUGGCAUAUUCGUCGCAUCAGCUAUCGCACCCGCAAUAG